AUGAACCUCAUCGCCCUCGUGUGGGCCGGUCUUGUGGUUCUUGCUUCAGUGCAAGCCGAAGAUGGAUCUCAAAUGCAAAUGCAAACUGAACAGAUCGAAGUCGGCUCCCCCGAAUCACAAACUGCCUCGCAAGAGCAAGGUCCUAUUGAAACACCGGAGCCGACCAUCAAGUACAUUGACUUCAGCAAGUUGACUCAAGCCCCUUCAGCUACUGUCCCCCGAAACGUGACGAAAGGUACGCAGAGGCCGGACCCCCGCCAAGAACCACCGACACCAGAACCUACGCCCGCCCCAACGCCCGCCCCAACGCCCGCCCCAACGCCUGCCCCGACGCCUGCUCCGACGCCAGACCCCGGUCCGUGGGUGACGAAAACCAUCGGCCACGAUGAAGUGAAGCCGUUCCCUCAGCCCGAACCGGUCACGAUUUCUGAGAAGGCCGGUGUCAAGUUCAAACCUCAGAUUCAAAUCCGCACGGGAUGCGUGCCUUACCCUGCCGUGAACGAGCUUGGUGAGACCAGUGGCGGUCUUCAAACUUCUGGUAGUCCACGAGGCGGGUGCCGAGGCUCCGGCCACGGUUCCCAGGUGUACGGUCGUUCAACGUGGAUUGAGGGUGUGUGGGCCAUCAUGUACUCGUGGUAUUUCCCGAAGGAUUCGCCAUCAUCUCGCAUGGGUCACCGUCACGACUGGGAACACGCCAUUGUGUUCAUCGACAACCCUGAAGUCGCAGAACCUAAGAUCCUUGCCUGCUCGGUGUCGUCCCAUGAUGGCUACAAGAAGUACAGCCCGUGUCCGCCAUGGGUGAUUGACGGCACCAGCCUCAAGGUUCGAUACAAACACGCCUGGCCACUGAACCACGACCUUGAUACUACUGGCGACGCUGGUACAUUCCAAGACCUCAUCAUGUGGGACCAGAUGUCGAAUGACGCUCGUAGAGCUCUCAAUUCGGUCCACUUCGGCAAGGCUAACACGCCGUUUAAUGAUGGCAACUUCCGCCCGAAACUGGAAAAGGCCUGGCCUUUUAAAAAAUAA